AUGGAUAAUUUCUAUAAUAGUCCGCAACUUGCUGACUUGCUAUUGCAACACAAAACGGAGGUAUAUGGUACAUUGAAAUUGCAAAGAAAGGAAGUUCCAGAAGGGCUACGGAGAAAGAUUCAGAGAGGCGAAAUAAUAGGUUAUCAACGAGGAAAAGUUACUGUUAUGAAAUGGAGAGAUAAGAAAGAUGUAUGCUUAUUAUCAACGGUUCACAAUAUCGACACCCAAGAAGUGGCAACAAAGUCAGGACCAAAGAGAAAACCAAAGGCUGUAAUACAGUAUAAUGACACGAUGGGGGGUGUUGACCGUGUAGACCAGCAUUUAGCUGAUUAUGUUUUGCCGAGGAAACGGGGCAAGAAAUAUUAUAAGAAAAUAUUUUUCCAUCUUCUUGAUCUUGCCCUAUGGAACUCUUUCGUCCUUUAUAAAAUGGAAGGUGGUAAAAAAUCGGCACUUACAUACAGAUUAGAUAUUGUCAAGUUGUCGAUGGAAAAGUACCACAAGAUGGAGUUUUCAGCAAAAAGAGGUCGACCGUCUACAGUUCUACCUCCAUCUCGCCUAACUGGGCGUCAUUUUCCAGAGUAUAUACCAGCUACUGAGAAGAAGGCCAACCCCACAAGUUAG